AUGGCGGCAGCGGCGGUCCCAAUGGCCGGCCUCCUGGAGGCCCUCCUGGCGGUCCUCCCAGAGGUCCUCCCGGAAAGCGGAGAUCCUUCUCCUGGUAACCCCUCUGGAUGGACGGGGUACUCACCCUUCCCUUACUCAGAUGAGUGGCAGCUGAAUCAUAAGCUCAACUCAUCUGUUGUGCCCGCCUGGGAUGGUCAUGGCUCCACGGCUAUUGACUAUAUCAGUUCUAUGUCAUUCCUGGCUAGAAUGAGUGACAAAAUGAAGGAAGGUGUAGCUGCCAUGGCCCCGUAUAAGUGGUCAGGCCGUGCGAAGAGCUGGUGGGAAUGUCUUCCAUUAACGGACCAAACGUACUUUCGUCAAGACUGGGAACACAUGAUGAUCGGUCUUUGUGUCCAGUUCCUCGACCUACGUUGGUCGCGUGAAAGGCUUUACGAGUUCGAAGCCAUGUUCUUCCGUCAGAAAGGGCAUACCACCGAAGAUCCCAUCGACUUCAUACAACGUAGAGUCCGUCACCAUAUGUUCCUUCACCCUGACGAUCAGGAUGGUCCAGGUGCGGUUGACCGCAUUUUGCGUAACCAACCCAUCGAAUGGGAAAAGGACCUCAAUGACGUGAAUUGCCCUUCCAUCUUCGCGCUACAAAGUGCGGCCAGUCGUUUGGCCACCAGUCUCAUUAAUGACUGGCAAAGCAGCGAGAUUCGCGCUCGAAAUACAGCAGUAGGCCAAGGAGACAAGCCCUCUGUUCCGGGCAAGGGACGUUAUGGGCGAACAGCACAUAACGUUUCUUUAGAUCCUCCUACUGGACCUCCAGCCCUAAUUCAUGACGAAGGCAGUGACUCGAGCACGGACGAGAGCGCCGAAGCUUUUGCAGCGACUUUCCGUAAGCGCAACGAGAAGGGUAGCGCGGCCAGUUCAUCAAAGUGGCCGAGGGGCAAAGUCAUGAACGGCGUAUCCUUCCCAAGGGAUGAUAGUGUUAAGAGUGCUAAGCCCCCUACCAACGGCGCUUGCUUCAUUUGCGAUAGUCCUUACCACUAUGCCAGAGACUGUAGUCACUAUGGAAAGUGGGAUGGUCUCCGUAACGCCAAUUUGAUAGACGUAGAUUUAGAUCACGAACUGGAGGCCGCUCACGACAGAGAGUACUUAGCUAUGAUUGUUGAAACACAGGCUGAGGCCUCUUCUUCCGCUUAUAUCGCUGGACUGAGUAAGACCUCGAAGGAAGCGUUCUGCAUGAGCGCUGAACUUACUGGAGCAAAAGCGUUACACGCCAAGAAAACAUUCAUGACGGAUAACCGAAACGUUCGUCGACGAAUGGCAAAUGAGUCCAAAGGCAAGGAAAAGGCUGAUUCCCCAACUGAAGAAACAAUUGUUAAACAGCUAUCGAGAGCUAAGCGUCGCCUAAGGGAUACGCCCCCUCCUUAUUCCCGCUAA